AUGUCUUCAAAAUGUAGGAUGAAGAAGAGAACAAGACAGCAGCAUUUAUCACCACUAGUCUCAAGACAAAAUGAGUAUAUAAGAGAAUUCAUUGUCCCUCAAUAUUUCAGUUAUGGACAAAUCCAAGCACCUCAUCGCCAGUACAUUAUCACAGAUUACCCCUUCAUCAUACCAAACCCUCACUACAUCAAACUUCCCCGCGGAGAAGAUCCCUCGCCUGACACUGAACAGCAAUAUGCUUCUUCCUCAGAGCAAAUGAAGAACUGGCUGCGAGAGGGCUUCAAAGAUAUGCCGUGGCACAACAUUGAUUCGGUCACUGUAUGUGACACGCCAGACGACUCCAACGUCAGCGGCGCACCGUCUGACACCCUUGCCACGCAAAGUAGUGACAAGUAG